GUCCAAGACUCUCGACCUAUAUCGCAAUGGCUGCUUUUUUGGGGGAUGUUUAUUUGACAAUGUUGAUGACCUUAGUUCUGAUCAGCCUGCUCAGUGGAGCACCUAAUAGGGCAGAAGCUCAGGCAGCUGGAAUCUGUUAUGGUUUGAACGGCAACAAUCUGCCACCACCAUCGGCGGUUGUCGGGCUCCUUCGAUGGAAGAACAUCAGGAAGGUGAGGCUGUUUGAGCCGAACCGGGACGUCCUUCAGGCACUAGGAAACUCCGGCAUCGAGGUCAAUCUCGCCGUCCCAAACUCCCAACUCCAGAACAUAGCCAACAACCCAUCGGCUGCCGGCUCGUGGGUCGCGACAAACAUCCAAGCCUACCCGGCUGUCACAUUUGGGUCCAUCACUGUUGGCAACGAGCUCAUCCCAGGACCCCAAGCGCAGUUGGUACUUCCGGCCAUGCAAAACAUAUACAAUUCCAUUCAAGGGGCCGGACUCGGAGGUCGGAUCAAGGUAUCCACAGUAGUCAGCACGGCGGUGACCACCGGCUUCCCUCCCUCUGCCGGCGUCUUCACUCCACAAGCUAUGCCCUUCAUGGUGCCCAUCGCCCAAUUUCUAGCCCGAACUGGCGCGCCGCUCAUGAUCACCGUCUACCCUUACUUCGCCUAUGUUCAGAACGACGUCGUUUCCUUGGACUACGCCCUCUUCAGAGCCAAUUAUGACGUGGUUAGUGACGGCGCCUUGAGGUACCGAAACCUCUUCGAUGCAAUGGUGGACACAGUUUACUCGGCGAUUGAAAAGGUUGAUGGCCUUGGCAGGAGAGCUCACAUUCCCAUCAUUAUCACGGAGAGUGGCUGGCCAUCUAGAGGGCGCAGCGGCGGCGGUUGGAGGAAUGCCAAAACUUAUGAUGCUACAGUGUCCGACGCAUGGACGUACAACCAGAAUCUGGUGAACCAUGCGGCUCGAGGGACGCCUAAGAGGCCCGGGACGCCUUUGGUUACUUACGUCUUUGGCCUCUUCAACGAGAACUUGAAGCCAGGAGCUGAGAUAGAGCGCAACUUCGGGAUCUUCUACCCCAACAUGCAACCAGUGUAUGACAUCAACUUCCCAUAAGAAUCAAUUACUACGGUUAAUGAGCUCAAGUUCAGUUUACGUAACUCCUAAUAAAAAUGAGGCAACUCCUAAUAAAAAUGAGGCAAGCCGAGCGACCUGUUUGAGUUUGUCUUCCCUUUGAACUUGUAAGCUCCGUUUGAAUUUGAAAUCUGUGUAUUGUACUCUACUUAUAUUCCUACACAACACAGGACUUUAGAGGCAGAGGGAAUCGACAAGGCUAUGAUGGGUUGUUAAUCUCUUGCUUAUCUAGAAAUGGGUAUGUCCGGGUUGUUUAUUAUCA